AUGUUGGGUAAAUGGGAACAAGUCAGUGAUGUAAAUGUCAACUUGUUGCAUGAAAACAUUCGUUUGAAGGAGGAAAAUUCUAAAUUGAUAAAACAAGUUGAGGCUAAAGAAUCCCUGAUAGCUGAAGAACUUGACAACCUGGUGAAGACCCAAAAUGAGCUUGCAACAACUAAACUUGUGCUUGAAAAGUUCAAUAGCACCAAAAGGAGGACAAUGUCACAAAAAGGGAAGUACACCAUCGGCCUCGGCAUCGAAGACCCACCACACCUGCAACCAGGUUCUAGAGUUGAGAUUAAACCACGUGGAUUUGGUUACCGGGGUGCAUGGUUCUCCGCCAUUAUCAUCAAGCGCGACACUCCAAUAUACUCUAACCAUUUUGUGGUCAAAUUCACCGAUCUUUACCUAGAUAAAAAUACCGGGACAAGACCCUUAAAGAAGAUGAGCAUCGUCUUUAUACGCCCUCAGCCCUCUCCACAACGUCCAAGAAAGUUCAAGAUAGGUGACAACGCGGACGCUUAUCACCUGAACGGCUGGUGGGAAGGGGUGAUUGUCGUAGAGUUGAAGGAUGACAACUAUGUUUUUUUGUUUCACAGUGAGUAUCAGUGGCCAAAGUGCUUAGUAUUUGGAGUGAGUCAAUUGAGGCUUCAUAGAACCUGGUUUGGUGGGUAUUGGAUGCCACCAGCGCUGGAAUCUGAGCUAGAUGUGGAGGAAGUACAAAGGGAAGAAGAGCCAACAAAGAUAACGAUGGAGAUGGAAGAGCUGAGUGAGGGAGCACUUGUUGAGGUGGCCAAUGAUGAAGAUGGUUUUAACCGUGCUUGGUUUGCUGCAAUUAUUGUUAAACCAGUGGGGAAUAAUAGGUACAUGAUUCAGUAUGAUACCGUGCAAACCGAAGAUAACACUGGUUUAGGGAAAGAGAUGGAUAUCGUGAAGAUUAGGCCUCGUCCACCUGAUAUUCCGGUGCCUGACCAGUUCGAAAUGCUUGAUCAAGUUGAAGCUUUGUACAAAGGUGGGUGGUGGAAGGGUGUGAUUAUUAACGUCCUUUCUAAUGAUUCUAAAUAUCAGGUCUAUUUGGCUACACAUGAAGAAAUGGAAUUUAAACACUCUAAUUUAAGGCUACACCAAGACUGGGUUCAUGGAAAAUGGACUAAACCUUCCCCAGUGAUAUGA